UGACCGUUAGAAACACCAAAACUAAAGUAUUUUUAAGAGAAAAUAUCAGACACUCGAUCAGAUUACGAAUGUGUCUCUGCUAGCUUCUUCCUGCAUUUCAUAUACACAUAUUCCUGCUUGGAGUUUCCAAGCAAAGCAAACGUUACACAAGAAAUCAUCCAACAUUCAGACAUUCUCUCUCUCUCUCUCUCUCUCUCUCUCUCUCUCUCUCUCUAUUGUUCUUUUAUCUCAGAAUUUAAUGCUAUUUUAAUGGCUUCUCUCAACAAUUACUUCCUCUUCUCAUUCUUCUUCUUCGUUUUUAGUUUCUUAUUAUGUCUUUCGCCUUUACAGGUUACCAGCUUUCACCACCGCAGCCUCCUCAGUUUAAUGAAUGGCACAGUUUCUAAAAACUCAACCGGGCACCACCAUAAGUGGGUCGGACCCAUCGGCCGCCGCGUCAUCACCGUCAACUGUAAUGGAUCCGCCGACUUCCGGUCAGUCCAAAAGGCCGUAGAUUCUAUCCCAGUAAACAAUACAGAGAACGUCGUAAUUCAAAUCAGCGCCGGAUAUUACAAAGAAAAGGUACUGGUGCCCGUGACGAAGCCGUACAUAACAUUUGAAGGAGCGGGGAGGGACGUGACGGUGAUUGAAUGGCAUGACAGGGCCAGUGACCGUGGCCCCAAUGGCCAACAGCUGCGUACUUACAGAACUGCUUCUGUUACUGUUUUUGCCAAUUAUUUCUCUGCAAGAAACCUCAGCUUCAAGAAUACAGCGCCAGCACCAUUGCCAGGAAUGCAGGGAUGGCAAGCGGUGGCAUUUCGCAUUGCGGGGGAUAAGGCGUACUUCACCGGCUGUGGAUUCUAUGGUGCGCAAGACACCCUUUGUGACGACGCAGGACGGCAUUACUUCAAGGAGUGUUACAUUGAGGGCUCCAUAGACUUCAUUUUUGGGAAUGGCCGCUCCAUGUACAAGAAGUGCGAGCUGCAUUCCAUUGCCACCAAGUUCGGUUCCAUCGCAGCACAAUACAGAAGCACCCCGUAUGAGAAGACGGGCUUCGCAUUUGUUCACUGCAAAGUCACGGGUUCAGGACCACUCUAUGUGGGACGAGCCAUGGGCCAGUACGCAAGGAUUGUCUACUCCUAUACAUACUUCGACAACUUGGUUGCACAUGGUGGCUGGGACGUCGACUGGGACACCAACGCCAAGAACAAGACUGUGUUUGUAGGAGUGUAUAAGUGCUGGGGCCCGGGAGCUGAGGCACUGAGAUGGAUAUCUGGGGCCAAAGAGCUAGAUUACGACUCCGCCCAUCGUUUCCUUGUCAAGAGCUUUGUCAAUGGGAGGCAUUGGAUCGCACCCUCAGACGCCUAACAUCUAUACAUACAGAAUCUAUUUGUUUAAUUAUUUAUUAUUUAUUCUCUCUCCCACUCUUUAUAAUAAUAUAGGAAUCAUUAUUUUUCAAAUCUGCUAGUCCAAUAAAAUAUUAAUAUAUUAAUAUAA